AUACCGGGAGGGAAAAACGUCAUCGUUUUACGUGACAAUUUCUACUUCAAGUUUCAGCAUAUUUCUCCAGAGCAACGGAACCGGAGUUUUUUUUUUCUCUGAGUUUCUUCUGUAAUGGCGGAGAAGCUCCAACCAGUUGAAGUUCAAUAUUGUGGAGUUUGCGGGUUACCCGCUGAGUAUUGUGAAUUCGGAUCCGAAUUUGAGAAAUGCAAACCCUGGUUGAUCCAAAACGCACCCGAUCUCUACCCGGACCUUGUUAAAGAUUCCAAUUUGAAAGAAGCUGAUAAAGUCUCUGAUCAGCUCCAGUCGACUUCAAUCUCUGAAGGUUCUUCUACAUCUAAGAAAGAAGAAGUCAAGCGCCUUCCUGGUGGAAAAAUAAAAAAGAAAGAUAAGCAGGAGAUUAUUAUUGAAAAGGUCACCAGAAACAGACGAAAGAGUAUCACUACCAUCAAGGGCCUCGAAAUCUUUGGUGUUAAACUAAGUGAUGCUUCAAAAAAGCUUGGUAAAAAGUUUGCUACUGGAGCUUCUGUUAUUAAGGGCCCAACUGAAAAAGAGCAGAUUGAUGUUCAAGGAGACAUAUCCUAUGACAUUGUGGACUUCAUUAAAGAAACCUGGCCAGAUGUUCCAGAGUCUGCAAUAUUCUUCAUAGAAGACGGAAAAAAGGUUCCAGCUGCAUAAACUUGGGCAGUGACAUUCCUGUUUCCAGCAGGGUGUUUCCUGAACGAAUGCUCGUAGCACUAACAUUUUGAUUAUCUUUGACUUGAGACUGGGCAAUGUGAGCACACUCUUAUAGGCACAUGGACAACGAAGAUUAUACAUGGAUUUAAGAUUUGUACUUUAUUGAGUUUGAGUUUGGAAUUUUAUCCUCUUCGAUUUAUUGCGUUUGAAAUUUAUUAUUUCAAUUUUAUUUAGUGAUUUUUCCAACAUAUACACCGAUAUAAUCCAAAGGUAUUGAGUUUGGUUUAGCUGAUACUGUAUACGCUAUGUCCAUCUUUGAUGAAAGUUCAUGUAACCGAUCAGACUUGCUUGGGAUAGCGGUGUAGAUGUGUUUUAGCAUUGUGAGCACAUCCGAUCACCAAUGGCUUUUGAUGUGGAGUCAAUUUUGUUGAACCAGAAAAUUA